AUGCAAAAAGCGUUGCUAACCUCGCACCCCCCUGACGAGGCUCCGCACACGGAAACGAUAGAAGCAAUGGUGGCCUCGGAUGACAUAGAGGGACUAUUGGCUCAUACAGACUUGUUUUUUGAGGUUCGAUGCAGGACUGAGGAACUAAUUCAAUAUCUGAAACAGAAAAAGACUCUUCACCGCCUCCUUGACUUUAUUUUUUUUGCUAGUAGUACGGAAACAGCUGAGCAAGCAUUGCAGCUGAUUCGAUCUUGUGAAAACAUUAAUGAGGUCAUGGCGCCCAUCGUGGACGACCCCUCCAUCCUGGACCUACCAUUUCAUGCAUUGCAAUCGUUUUCGGAUCAGAUUCGAGCUGAAUUGCGGAGACCUAAUACCCUACUCUACUCUCCAACUAUACUCCCAAAGCAUCUCAUAUCUCGCAGCGCUCAUGUUUGCGAGGCCUUCUCCAAGGUUAUAAAGUCUAUUAUGUGGACUGGGAGGCGAUUCUGUGCCGUACUAUCAUUUCUAAAGACCAAUUCAAAGUAUCUACACACAUGGUUGCAAUUCCUUUACGAUGCGUCGAUGGCAGACGCAUUUCGUUAUCUUUUUUAUGAUAGUACUACGCGCUGUCAGUCCGCCAUCGAUGCUAUUCGGGAUCUAGCGACAUGCAGCAAUAUCUUCGAUCUACUGGUGGAGUACAUCCUACACCCGGACUCACCUCAGGACUAUCUACUAUCAGCUAGCGACAUUCUAUGCAAGGUGCUUGUCAGAGAGAUACCGGGCGUUUCGCAACCUGUCUUGGCUCACGUUCCCAGGAUUGCGACACAUAUAAUACGUCAUCGAUUCAUUGACGAUACAACCCAUUGGCAGAUUCAACCACUCAGCGAAAUUGUUCUUUGCGCCAUGAGCUACAUGUCUGUUAAAAUGCUGCAGUGUUAUAGAGCUACUAGCCCUGAUGCUUUGGCUUCAGUGCCGGCCGCUACUCUUAAUGAGCGACACUCGCAAUUUAACUCUUUGCUGGGGGUUGAGUUGGAUCGUAAUGUACUAAUUUCGACAAUCCCUGAUUCUGACUACAUGCUGGACACAGCCAACCCCGGUGUUACUCUCACACCCUUGGGUCUGCCUACCAUAGAUGACUACGAACAGGGCAUCUACAAGAUCUACUUUUGUAUUCUUAGCGCUUUUAAUAAUUGGGACGCACAGCUAGAGCUACUUCAAAAGAACAAUGGUCGCGAAAUCCCACUAGGAGCUGUCCUUCUCUUUAGGCUGGCUGCACGUAUUCUCUCUAUUUCUGCAGACGUGCGGAACUCUCUUGUUCCCGACGAGCCACCCAAAUACUAUACGUCUAAUAAUGUGCAAAUAACCUCGCCGUAUUCGUACUCCGUCGAUAACUUUUCACGUCUCCCCGAAUCCGGUCACCAUGUCAGUAGCGGAAACAUCAAGGUGCCACUCAGGGAUAUCAUUUACUGUGGAGGUAUUCCUGUCCAUGUUGGGGUCCUUUCCAUAGUGAAAAAGGUUGUCGCAUUGAAGCUGCAUGUCAUCUCUAUUUCCUGCAUUAGCAAGUUUCCUGCAAGCACCGUGGUACAUUUCUGCGCAUUGCAGAUUCUUCAGUCAACGCUGCAGUAUGGCCGAGAGAUGCCAGAGGUGACAAUAGCAGUGGCUACAGAGCCCUCCAUUAUGCUGCGCUUCGAGACAGCCAGUUAUGGAGUGUACUCAGAGCUCAAUAAGAGGAGCAGCAGUCUGUCACAUUUAGUGCAAUUGGCGCGGUACCUUCUCCGACUAUGCUUUGGAAUUUCUGACCAAAUGGACCUGAAGUAUAAAAUGCAGUAUUUAGAAAACGGAAAACUGAGCAAUCUCCCCUGUGACAUGCACGAAAUGCCCGAAUUGGUAUGGAAACACGGUAUAUAUCCAACUUCUCUGAGUGCGGCAUUAAGGCUGGCUCAGGAACUCUCUACUAGCGGAGAGGACGGGAAAAUAGUAUACAAUGAGCUUCUGGAUGCACUGAGCAGUUCACCGGGGUUUGUGAAGUUUAGUGAAGUAUUCCUUGAGAAGGAUGAAACGACUCCUACGGUAUUCUCCGACGGUACUAAACAUGUCUCUACAAUAAGCAACACGGACUCCAUUCUUAGCUAG